CCACCCUCCUUACAGCAUCCAGUGAAGUGUGCAGAACACUCGUUGUUGUGAAGCCAUAGUGAUGAAGUGUAGUGCGGUGUGCCUUGUGGCACUCUCCUUGCUUGGCAGCUUAUGUGAUGCUCAGUGGUCACAGCAGAAGCCAGCGAUGCAGGAGCCCAUCAAACAUCCGCCUAAGGACCCCCAACAGGCAAAGCAGACAUUUGAGAAACCUCUCACCUGGAGAUACCCUGCAGAUCCCCAGCCUGAACCCAAGGCUGAAGUGCCUUUCGAGCUGGUCUUUCCGGUUGCUGCUGCAUCUGUUGCUGUCGAGUGCAGAGAAAGGGAUGCUGUAGUGGAGGUCAAGAGGGACCUGUUUGGGAUUGGCAAGUUGAUCAAUCCUGCUGACCUUACCCUGGGAACCUGUCCGGCUUUCGGAGAGGACCAAGCUGCCCAAGUGUUGAUUUAUCAAUCCGAUCUCUCUAAUUGUGGCAGCACAUUAGCAUUGACAGAAGAUUCCCUUAUCUACACCUUCACUCUGAACUAUAUUCCACAAAGUCUGCCUGGUUCUUCUGUGGUGAGGACUAGCAGAGCUGCUGUAAUUGUCGAGUGCCACUAUCAAAGGAAGCAAGAUGUGAGCAGCCUUCCUCUUCAACCUUUGUGGAUCCCAUUCUCCGCAGUUAAGGUGUCAGAGGAGUUCUUAUACUUCACACUGAAACUUCUGACUGAUGACUUCAACUUUGAGAGACCAAGCAACAUGUAUUUCUUGGGAGAUACGAUUAAUAUUGAGGCUACCGUCGAGCAGUUCUUCCACACGCCCCUCCGUGUUUUUGUGAACAACUGUGUGGCUACUCUUUCUUCUGAUGUGUCCUCAUUCCCCAGAUAUGCCUUCAUUGAAAACAAUGGGUGUUUGGUUGAUGCCAGGAUCACAGACUCCUCCUCAAGGUUCCUUGACCGCCAUGUAGACAACAAGCUUAGGUUCCAGCUGGAGGCCUUCAGGUUCCAGAAUGUUGAGAGUGGAAUAAUCUACAUUACCUGCCAGUUGGAAGCACCAACAGCUGCCUCCGGCUUUACUACAGAUCAAAGAGCUUGUUCCUACGUAAAUGGGAUGUGGAGGGAGGCCAGCGGUGUUAAUGAAGUCUGUGAAUCCUGUGAUGUAAUGACAGCUUCGGGGCAAGGUCUGUCUAGCCCUGGUAGGAAGAUUCGUGACGUGUCCCAGGAGUCCAGUGAAAGUUACAAAUGGGAAGGCCAAGUCACCCUGGGACCAAUCCACAUUAAAGAAAAGCCCCAAUAGCGCUUACUCAAUGCCCUGCCACCACUAUGGUCAUUGAAAUAAACAUUCUGAAUGGUUCAUA